ACAUGCUGUGGGAAGUUGUAAUUCACAGACAAGGGCUGAUUAGAAGUCAGAGAAAAAACUGUGCUGGAGCCACGGUCCCAGCCCCUGUUUCCUUUUCUCAGGCCGCCUUGCUGCAUCGGGUCUACUGUGAGCCACGAGACAUCGUGGGGAAAGUCCCGGAUAUCGUCAUGCGUGACAGCCUCUAAUUAAUCAUCAACCCUGUAACGUGAUCUCUAGCCUAUAAAAAGGGAACCUUCAGAGUCUCAUAAACCUGACCACUGGCCUUCACAGACAUCUCCAGAACCGAGGACUUGUGUCCCAGGAGGAGCCCAGACUAAUGGGUGCCCGCCUCAGUCCUGAGGCCAACGCUGAGGUGCCCCGCGAGGCUCUUAGUUUCCACGGGGAUGCCACCGGCUCGCAGGUGCAUCUGGAUGACCUGCGGAGCACCGCGCGUAGGCGCUCCACGUUCCACGAUGGCAUCGUGUUCAGCCAGCGGCCCGUGUGGCCCGGUGAGCGUGUAGCGCUGCGCGUGCUGAAACACGAGGACGGCUGGUGCGGUGGCCUCCGCGUGGGCUUCACGCGCCUGGACCCUGCGCACGUGGCCCCGGCCUGCCUGCCCCCCUUCGUGUGCCCCGACCUAGAGGAGCAGAGCCCCACGUGGGCAGCGUUGCUUCCCGAGGGCUUCGUUCGUGCGGGGAAUGUGGUCUGCUUCUGGGUGAACCGCCGAGGCUGGCUCUUCGCCAAGGUCAACGCUGGCCGCCCCCUCUUGCUGCGCAAAGACGUGAUGGCCCAGGGCGCCCCGCUCUGGGCCGUGAUGGAUGUAUACGGGACCACAAAAGCCAUCGAGCUGCUGGAUCCCAAAGCUGACGCCUGGAUCACCAACGGGGAGGCAGUGCCACAGUCUGAAGUCACGUCAGGAGAGGAGUGUGUCAUCUGCUUCCACAACACUGCCAACACCCGCCUCAUGCCCUGCGGCCACUCACACUUCUGCAGCGCCUGUGCCUGGCAUGUCUUCAAAGACACGGCCAAGUGCCCCAUGUGCCGAUGGCAGAUUGAGGAGGUGGCUGUCGCACCUUCAACGAAGACUGGAGAAGGCUCCUGAAGAGACGGGACCUGGCUCUGAGCCAGGCCCCUGCAAAAGGAGAAACCUCUGUCUAGACGUGGGUCAGUGAACAUGGUCACAGGCCACCAAGCCUGAUCUUGGGUCAGCAAGCCUUGUUAAGCCUCGAGGGAGGCUCAGUGACUCUUUCCUCAGCCACAAGUUCGGGAGAGGUUGAUAUGGCAAAGAGAAAUCUCUCUGGCCACUUUGGGAAACCCCCAGUGUAGCAGGGGCAGCCUGAGCCCUCAAGUUACAGCUGAGGACGUGAAAGGGACGGGUCCGUGUCUGGCAGAAGCGUCAGGAGCAGGGACAUAGCACAUGGUGAUUUUCUUGUCGAUUUGUAAGAUAAUCAGAAUAAAGUUUGUUUUUGUAUU